UCAGUAGUCAUGGAAGAAAGCACCCUCGAAGCUGAAGAGAAGCGUCUCCUCCUACUUCAAUCAACUACUCUUUCUAUUGCAAUUUAAAUACCCAGAAUAGAAAGAGACCUGAUCAACAAACACCUCAAACCAUGGAAUCUCUCAAUUUGAAGAUGAAGAAAUGCUUCUCCUCACUUACCAACUCGCAGUUGCAGCCAUGCCAACAAGAAGAAGAGCCACGUUUGGGCAUGUUCAAUUUCUCUUCAUUUGAUUCAUUUGAAGUAAGAAAAGCAUGGGAUCUUGUCCAGACAAGAACUACCGGAGCUGAUGCAAUGGCAACCCGCAACAAAUACAUAGAAGCAGUGAAAAAAGUAGAGGAACAAGCUCGAAAAAUCUAUAGAGACGACACCCGCGCUCCAGUCCCUAGUGGCGACGAUUUCGUGGCAAAAAUGAUCGAUCAAGGCUGCUUCGUACUUCAAGUGGCCUUGUUAUCAUUAGGUGGUGCUUCAGAGAAGUUGAAUCAGAAUUGGAACAAGGCUUUGGUUGAAGGUUGGGUCCCCUCUCUAUUUAGAAUCUCAAGCCAGCUUCCCCUUGUAAUCCUCAAGAAGUUGAUGAAACAGAGUUUCUUCCAAGAGGUAUUGAAAUCAAGAAAGCAGUGGAAUCGGCCCAAAGACAUGGCGAGGAUGAUUUUGUAUGAGCAAUUGGUGGAACCUAUGCUUGAAGGCUCAGGUCAGAAAGUGGAUUUCAUGAACCAAUUCGUCAAUGGCCUUAUCAACAAAAGCAUGGGUUUUUCAGAUCAAGAACCGCCUACCCUUCUCCAUGCUCUUUGGCUUCAUCAGACUGGGCCAGGCGCCAUCAUCGGCUGCAACGUAGGAGAUGAAGAUGAAGAUGAGAGUAGCAAUUCGUGGAACACGGUGCGUAGUGCGACAGAGUUGCAGAUGGUGGGGAUUACCUUCAAGAGUAACCAGGGGAAAUUUAGCAGAGGAAUAAAAUUUAAAGAGAAAAUGAUCGAUGCAGUUAUCUGUUUUCCUCCCAUCACAAUUGACUCCAACACAAAGACCUUGUUCGAUUACUUGAUCGAUUAUGAGGUGGAUAUUGAAUUGGGGAAGACCCAGCGUGAGGUUUGUUCCUAUUUGAAGCUGAUGGGUGAGCUCGUCCGUACACCUAAUGAUGCCAAAGUGCUUGCAAUGCAAGGGAUUGUGAAUGCAGAUCCUGAGGGAGAAGAAGGUGUACCUGUAAUGUUACAGAGUCUGAUCUCGAGACUGCCAGAUGAGGUGGGAGACAACCAGCACAUGAUCGAUGUCCGGGGUAAGAUUCGUAGCUAUGUGAAGCCAAGCAAUUGGGGGAAGGUUAUGAAUCUUAUCGUCAUAACGGUUUUCCUCACAUUUCUGCAGACCUUCUACGCCAUGCUUAGCUACCAUUAUCCUAAAAAGUGAAAGAAAUUGUAAACUUUUUCUCAGAAAAUGGGUGAUUUGAUGUUCC